AUGGGACAAAAAGGUGGGAGAGAUGCAUUUGUUUCCCAAGGUUUUGAUACUUGGAAUAAAAAAGAUGCAUUUCGGACUCAUGUGGGUGGUGUAGAUAGUUUUCACAACAAAGCAAAAGAAAAACUUUUAUUGAAAACCGGUUUAACAUUUCGUGGUCAUGACGAGUCUGUUAACUCGGAAAAUAGAGGGCUUUACAUUGAAGUGUUAAAAGUCAUUCGAGAGACUAGUGAAGAUAUUUUCAACAAUACUUUAGAAAAUGCUCCUAAAAACAAUCAACUUAUUUCCCCUAAAAUUCAAAAAGAACCUGUGCAAUGUUUUGCACAAGAAGUACUUUUGAGUAUUCGUGAAGAGAUUGGUCAAGAUGUUUUUGCUUUACUAGUUGAUGAAUCUAGUGAUGUUUCAAAAAAUGAACAAAUGGCUAUUGUUUUGCGUUAUGUCGAUAGUCUUGGCUUUGUGAAAGAAAGAUUCAUAGGACUAGUGCACGUGAAGGAUACAUCUUCUUUGACACUCAAAAAUGUCAUAAAUGAAAUAAGAGAACAAGGUUACGAUGGGGCUAGCAAUAUGCGGGGGGAAUUCAAUGGUUUGAAAGCUUUGAUAUUACAAGAGAAUGACAUGGAGUUUUAUGUACAUUGCUUUGCACACCAACUUCAAUUAGUAGUUGUGGCUGUAACAAAGAAGCAUGAUGGUGUUAGUGACUUCUUUGAGCAAAUCGCGUUGGUGGUUAAUGUUGUUUGUGCCUCGUGUAGAAGAAAGACUUACUACGAGAGCAAGCAAGAGAAAGGGUGCAAAAAGGCUUGUGUAGUGGUUAACUUGAAACCGAAAGAGGGUUAA